AUGCUAAACCACUUUCGAACCAACGCCAAGCUUCACUCCCAUUGCGCGACUAUACUUCUUCAACCGCAAGUCAUCAUUUCUAUCCAGCGCAAGAAUUCCCUACCAAUGUCGCUCUGGAGUUCCUAUCGCAACCUCACCCCGCGCACCCGCCUCCUCUUUGGAGCCGGAUUGAUGGCCUACGCCACUUUUGGAAUGUGGUGGUCUCCAAAAAUCGAGGAGGCUUUAGGAAUGGUCCCAACUAAGGAGGAACAAGAGGAGUUGGAGCGCAAGAUGACCAUCAAGGUUUCGAGCGUUGAACGGCAGAUACGGGAGUGA